UCUGUGGUCACCUCAGUGUCACUAUCACCUGCUCUCACCCACAGACUGCCUGCAUCAUGAAGGAGAGGCCAGAAAUGACAUUCCCCAGAGUUGCCUUCUCUCUCUGAUCCCAGGGCAGUGUCAGUCAAUGAAAGGCCUUGGCAUGAGAUUGGAAGGCAGAGGAGUGGGGGCGGCCACGCUCGCUGGAGGCAGGCGUGGGGUUCUCAGUAGCUGCAGGGUAUUCCCCCAUGAACAACCCUCCUGGAGACAGUAGUCAAUUGAAAUAGCCGACAGUAGCCUCUAGAGAAUCUCUUGCUUCAGAGUUGCUGGCCAAGCUGGACGGUAGGAAUUUCUCCAAGGUAUCUGAUAUUUGUAGCAGUUUCCAAGUAAGCUCUUCAGACCCUCUCAUGAUGGUGAUGCAGGCUGAGAUCAUUGAAAAAUAGCCUCCUUGACCUUUGCUCCCUUGUCCUGCAAACAGAUGUGAAGGCCUCAAAUGUCCUGUUUUAAAGUCUUUAGUACUUAGAUUAGAUCAAGGAAUGUCGUAGCCAGCCCUGGAGACAGCCCCAGUGAUUGCGCUCUCCUGGUAUUCAUGUUGGUGGAGUCCUUACCAGCCUGAAUCAGGGAUGGCUCUGUGUGACCCGUGCCGUCAGGUGGGAGGGAUGGUGUGUGACUUCUGAGACCAGGCCAUAAAAGGCGUUGUGGCUUCUGCCUUGGUCUUCUGGAAGACUUGCUCUGGGGAAAGCCAGUCUUUAAGUCAUAAGGACACUCAAACAGCCAUCUGGAAAGGACUGUCUGAUGAGGAACUGAGCCGCCCCACCAGCAAUCAGGAGCAAUCUGCCUGCCGUGCGAGUGAGCCGCCUUGGGAUAGAUCCUCCAGUUUCAGUUACAGGAAACAUGUCUUGGAGGAAUUUGGAACCACUGCAGGCAGUCUCAUAAGGGAGCACUGAAAAGAGGACUCAGUGUCCAGUUUAGUUAUGCUGAGCCCAAGAAGCCAACUGGGGCCAACCAAGUUUCAGAACCUCUACUGUUUGACACCAACAUCACCAGGGAUGAACUGUUUUUGCCAGAUAAUCCUUUGUUCCUGACAGCACAUCUCUCCCCAGAAGAGAAGAGAGGGAGGUGCCACCUUGAUCCAGCUGAAGCAUUUCCAGGAGGCUUCCUCUGGAUGCCACGUCGAGGCCGCCCUUCUGCCAUAGCACGGAACUGGUGAUUACUGAGUGUGUGGACAUGGCUUUGCUCAGCAACAUCCUAGAGGCCUAUUCCUUUGUCUCAGAAAAUCCCGAGCGAGCAGCACUGUACUUUGUCUCCGGCGUGUGCAUCGGGCUGGUGCUCACCCUGGCUGCCUUGGUGAUGAGGAUCUCUUGCCACACGGACUGCCGGCAGCGUCCCCGGAAGAAGUUCCUGCAGGACCGAGACAGCAGUUGCGAGAGCAGCGACAGCGAGGAUGGCAGCUCAGACACGGCGUCUGACAUCUCGGUCAGGAGACACCGCCGCUUCGAAAGGACUUUGAACAAGAAUGUGUUCACCUCUGCCGAGGAGCUGGAGCGCGCCCAGCGGCUGGAGGAGCGGGAGCGCAUCAUUAGGGAGAUCUGGAUGAAUGGCCAGCCCGAGGUUCCAGGGACCAGGAGCUUGAACCGCUACUACUAGCGGCAGGAGCCGAAGCCCGCACGCCGCGGGAAGCCGCCGGCAAGGGCCAGGGUCUGCCGGGAGGGUGGGCACAGAGCUGAAUGCAGUUCUGCGGGAGUCCUGGGGGCAGGGAUAAGCAGGCCACGCCCAUUUUCUAGCCAGGAGGACUGAGUUUUCCUUUUCGACUAAAUUUAUGGAAAAGUAGAAAAACCAAGUCAGUUCAUCAACCUUUCCAGGUCGUGGAAUGGUGCUGAAAAAUCCUCUCCAACAAUGUGGAUGGAGAUUAGAGAAACGGGACUGUGGUUUCUCUUGAUUUCUGAGGAUCUCAGAAGUUUCUGCAGACUUCAUUGCUAUGUGUUAUUCCUUUAUAAAAGGAAGAUUAUCAUGGCAUGAGGGCUAGGAAUAGCAGGGUGAACUUAACCCAGUAAACACAAUUUUCUAAAUGACCCCAUGCUAUGGAGGUGAUUCUCAUCCAGAUAGCAUGAUUUAUGAUUAUUAUUUAAGGCUGAUUUUUAAAAACCUUGUGUUGCAAUGGCAACCUCGUCCAUUUUAACUGGCACCUCAGGGAUUAAAAUCCUAUUUUUUAGUAUAGUUCCCACCUCAUUCAUGAAAAUGGGUAGAAUUAAUGUAUUAUGGAAGAUGUGUCAGUGAGCUAGAAAAUAUCAAUAACCUCAAAGGAUGAAGGGUUUUAUUUUAAAUAGUUUAUAAAAUAUAUAUUAAUGUGCAUAUUGGAAGGUGCUGCAUAAGAAUAAAAGCUGUGUUCUCCCCCUUUUUGGUGAGUAGAAAUUUUGUUAUGACUCUAGAUAAUUAUGAUUUUAAACAUUUUGUUUAAAAAAAAGUUUGGAUUUCCAAGAAAAGAAUGGGAAUGGAAGAUGAGGAAUAAAGCCAAAAUUAGGAUGAGAUUAAAAAAAAAUAAAUGCUACGUACAAUC